ACCGCCGACGAACGCGAACGCAGCUCGUCGGAGACUACGAUAGUAUCUAUCUAUUCGAUGUACGAAGAAGAUGCAGGCAGCUGGUCUGCCCCGCAGUCAGUAGCAGGACACCGACAUCGUCCAUCAAAGGAUGCAGACGUCGAUGUCACCGUCAUGGGUGUCGACCACCGGGUCUCAUCUUCCAAGUGGAGCUCUAGGCAGGUCGAGGAUAGCGCCUACUUUGAAACGGCCGAAUGGUCGCGUACGAGUAUUCUGGAGAAGACAAGGGAGUCUGUUGCAUCGAAUGGUUCUGCGCAGCUUGCGUACGCAGAUAGUCGUCCGCCGUCUAGUCAAGCCCGGACGUCCGCCACCUCGCGCUCUGACAGUCAGGGCUACCUAACGCCCCGGGUUCUCUCCAAUGGCUCAUCGCUAUCUGUGCUACCGGAGGGUCAGGCGUCGUCGAGCUUUGUGCGUGCGUCGCACAGCAGUCGCGCCGACUCCAUUCCGCGUGCUAUAUCCAAUGGUUCUCUCCUCUCAGCUGCGCCGACCAGCCGGCCAUCGUCCAGCCAUGCCCGGGACUCCAGCGGAGGCUCUGGAAAUGCACCUGUGGGGGUACCGAAAUCACCGCGUCCACAGGACCGCGACAGCACAGCCGAGCGCGACACGAAAGCACUGCUCACAUCACCACCCGUCAUACCUCCUUCCGAGUCCACGUCCACAAGUCAUGAUCCACAAAGCUCUUCACAAUCGCAGCUGCAGCCCGUGUUGACGCCGCCAUCCUCCCCGCCGCGCGUGUCAUCCGUGGUCGGUUCACCUCCGAGCGUGCUCUCACUGGCACCAUCCCCCGACGAGGACCCGGACGGGUUCCACGUAAGGUCGACGUAUGCGCAGCUGGAGAUGUGUGGGGUGCGGGGCGACGGAAUCGAAGAGGGUGUGGAGCGGACACGGGCGCGUGUGGGUGGGAGCCGGGCAAGCGAAUUGCGCGCGCAAGAGGCACUUGGCGAUGGCUACGAGAAGACGCGCGACCUCACGCCACAGGAGCUGAGCAUGCUGUCGAGUCUAGACAGGUAUGGUUUCUACGUGAUGCCCUCACAUGAUCGUAUCAUUAUGCUGCCCGUGGGUCCACUCUUGAAGCCCCUUGCGCACAUCACGACAGCUCCGACGAAUGCGCCCGCGAGCGCGCCCCUGCUGCCCUCGUUACCGGCCCCACCGCCACCCUCGAAGGAAACGUCACGUGUUGCGAAGUGGGGGAGGAUGCUGGAGCCGCGUGCGCGGGACGAGGGGCAGAAUAUCGACUCGUGGGGGAUCAAGUCGUCAAAGGAGCGCAAGUUGCGCGAGCGCACCUUCAAAGGCAUACCAGACCGAUGGCGCCGUGCAGCAUGGGAUACGCUGAUGUGCCGGUUCUCGAAGCAUGGCCAGGCAGAGACGCGUCGUCUCGCGCACGCAUAUCGGGAAGCACUCGAUCGCUCGUCGACGUACGACGUGCAAAUCGACCUCGAUGUCCCUAGGACGAUAAGUGGGCAUGUCACGUUCCGGACGCGGUACGGCCAAGGGCAACGGUCGCUCUUUCAUGUUCUCCAUUGCCUUUCACUGCACUGUGAGUCGUGUGGGUACUGCCAGGGCAUGGGCCCCAUUGCGGCAACAUUCCUGUGCUACUUCGAGCCGGAGCGCGCAUACGCCUCGCUCGUCCGGUUGCACGACUCAUAUCAGAUGCAUACGAUCUUCAGUCCAGGUUUCCCAGGGCUGCUGGAAGCGAUCUACGUUCAGGAGCGGAUCACGGAGCAGAUGAUGCCGGCGGUAUACGCUGCCUUCAAGAAACACAUGAUUUCAACGACCUCGUAUGCCACGAAAUGGUAUAUCACGCUGUUCGCCAAUUCAGUACCGUUCCAGACCCAGCUGCGGCUCUGGGACGGGUUCCUGCUCGAGGGGCACGAUAUAUUCGUCGUGGUCGCCGUAGCAAUCGUGUGGGUCUACAGAGACCACAUCACAUCGAGCGCAGCGAGCUUCGAGACAGUGCUGUCCCUGCUGUCAUCAUUUUUCGUCCCGGAGGAUGAGAAUGCGCUGCUCGCCUGGAUCGAGAAAGUGAUCUCCGACCAGAAGCUGCGCACGAGCAUGCGCCAGUGGCGGGCGGACUGGCAGCGGCUUGUGGCAGCAGGACAGCACAACCAGGCCCUUCUCUGAGCGAUUGCAUGAUGCGGUGUGUCCAGUCCGAGUUGUCACAUAUCUUUAUAUCGUCGGAUUCUUGAGGAUGGGUGUGUUUUCUGGGAUGAGUUUAUUUGUUCUUUGUGCAUACUCACUGCAUUGCAUCGCGUACCUGUAGUCUGGUGCUAAUCAUGGACCCCGCGUCACCUAGUAUAGAUCAUCUUAUUUUGCAUCGUCAUCGCAAUCCAUGUAUUCCAUGACAAUGGUUAUGCCAUGUUCCAGUCUCACCAUGC